GAUCUCUGCCCUUCCAAUUUUGUCAAAUUGGAUUGGAUCUGAUAAAAUUCCCAUAAAUUCCCAAUUCUCCUUCUCUUCUUCCCCCCGUAACUGAUAACCCUAUAUUCAGAAACCCUAAUUCAAACACAAGACGUUCCUCCAAGAUUGUUGCUUUCUUCAAUCGUCAUGAAUUUUUUCAAGUCCGUCUUUUCCGACGACCCCCAGUCCUCCGAUCCGCCCGCCGAUGAAAUUCCAAACUCCAACAGCACUUGGAGCUUCGGCGGCCUGAUAAAGACCCUGGCAGACAAGUCUGAGUCCGUGAUGGAAUCCUACCGCAAGGACUUCGAAGAGUUCGGCUCCGGGUUGAAGAAGGAGACCGCUGUGAUCAGGGGUGCUGCCUCGCGUGCUGUCAAUGAGUCGCUUGAGAUCGGCGCUUCCGUCGCGCAGGAGAAGCUCGAGUCGGUGGGGCAAGCCAUCGAUGAUAUUGGGACCUCGGUUUGGAAGUCGACGGCUCAGAUAAUUUCUCAGGGUAGGGAAACACUCUUGUCCGAUCGUGAUGAAUCUGAUUCCAGUUCUAGUUUUGAUUACAGGGAACGCACUAAUAAGCAAUUUGGUACUAGUAGUGGGGAUAAUCAAAAAAGUUACAGUCGUUUUGAUAUGCAGUUGCGUACUGUUCAGUGUGAUGCUAGUACCUACUGUUCGGAGCCGGAUGAUUUGGGGGAGUAUGAGAAGUGGAAAUCAGGGUUUGAUUUGGAAGAGAAAAGAGGGGAGAUUGAGAUUUUGUUUACUGAAAAUCGGGUAAUAGGAGACAUUUACAGGGAGGUUGUCCCUGAGAGAGUUGAUGGUGAUAAUUUUUGGAGUAGAUACUUUUAUAGGGUGCAUAAGUUAAAACAAGCAGAGGAAGCUAGAGCAAAGCUUGUGAAAAGGGCACUUGCCGGUGAGGAAGAGGAAGAUUUGAGCUGGGAUUUUGAUGAGGAUGAUGACGAGAGUAAUGGGUCUCCUUCAAAAAGCAAUCUGAGUAGGAACGUGGAUGCUAGGAAGAGUGGCUCUAGUGAAGAUGUUGAAAAAUCAAUAGAUAAUGGUGAGGGGAAAGUGGGAUUGGAGGGUAAGGCUGAUACUAGUGAGUAUUCGAGCAAGGAUAGUGAUGUUUCAGUGGUGUCAAGCCAGCCAUCCAUGCCUGAGGAGGAAGAUCUUGGAUGGGAUCGGAUUGAGGAUAUUGGGAGCAAUGAUGAGAAUAAGGAGGAGGCUAUUGGAAGUACAAGUAGGGCUGAUUUGCGUAAGCGGCUUAGUGUUGCAGAGGAAGAUGAGGAUUUGAGUUGGGAUAUUGAUGAUGUUGAUGAUGAUCAUCUUGUUAAAGCUUGAUUAUAUUUGCCAUCACUGCAGCCAAAAUCCUAAGGGUUGGUAACUAAUAAAAUUCAAUUUCUGCCUGCAAAUUACAAUCAAGAUGAUUGUUCACAAGUGGUAUAGGGUUACUUAUCAUUAUACUUUACAGUCUAAAUACCUUCUCCAAGUUAAUGGAUUAAUGUUGUGUCACAUUUUUUUGGUUAAAUCUGGUAAAAUGUAAAGUAGUUCUACAAAAUCUAUUCUUCUGGAUUCUUUUGUGGUAUUCAGACCCUACAUCUGUUGCCAUUCUGUUUUUCAUUUUACACUUGCUGAUCCUGAUAUGCCUAUUCUUAUGUUUUCACGAUCUGUAAUUUCCAUUUCAGUUGUUUUUGCAUGAAUAUAAGGAAGAACAAGGGUAAUAAUGUAGUGAAUAUCCA